ACAAACACACCAAAAGAAAUAAAACCAAUAACCAAAAUAUCAAAAAAGGAAAAGAAAAAUGGGGUCUUCAACGAAGAACAUCGAACAAGCUCAAGAAAGUUGUUAUCAGGAGUGGAUGAGUUUGCAGUCUCAACGCAUACCUGAGCUCAAACAACUCUUGGCUCAACGACGAUCUCACCGCGAUGAAGAAAACGAUAAGAAGCUCCGUGAGUUAACGGGAAAGAUCCUUGGAGAUUUUAAAGAUUACGCCGGAAAAAGAGCAGAUCUUGCUCACCGAUGUAGCUCGAACUAUUAUGCACCGACGUGGAACACUCCUUUGGAGAACGCUCUAAUUUGGAUGGGUGGUUGUCGACCAUCUGCUUUCUUUAGGCUCAUUUAUGCUUUGUGUGGGUCACAAACUGAGAUACGUGUGACUCAGUUUCUCCGCAACAUCGACGGCUACGAAUCUUCAGGUGGCGGCGGUGGCGCAUCACUUAGCGAUCUAAGUGCGGAGCAGCUAGCAAAAAUCAAUGUGUUACAUGUAAAAAUAAUAGACGAAGAAGAGAAGAUGACCAAGAAAGUCUCAAGCCUACAAGAAGACGCGGCGGAUAUUCCCAUCGCCACUGUGGCUUACGAGAUGGAGAACAUCGGAGAGCCUAACAUGGUGGUGGAUCAAGCUAUCAACAAGCAAGAAGAAGCUAUGGCCGGUUUAUUGGCCGAGGCCGAUAAUCUAAGGGUGGAUACUUUAGCAAAGAUCGUCGAGAUUCUAUCGCCGGUACAAGCAGCGGAUUUCUUACUCGCCGGGAAAAAGCUUCAUCUUUCGAUGCAUGAGUGGGGGGGAACUAUGAGAGAUCGUCGCCGUCGUGAAUGUAUGGUUGACGCCGAAAGCGAUACCGGAGGAGAGGAAGAAAAGUAGUCGUUAUUAUAUUAGAGAUGAUCUUAAUAUUAUAGAUUUUAUAUCCAAUUCUCCAUUUGGUUAAUAAAAUUCAUUGUUUUUA